AGCCACAUGGCUUUGUUAUGCUAAUCUCCGGGUAUAAAAUGAGGAGCGGCUCCUCCAGAGACAUCAGAGCUGACGCGCCGCUGUCCACGAGAAAGCUGCCCACUUCCCCAGCGCAGACAUGGCUCCCAGCUCCACCAGCCACUCCUCCGUCCACCACAUCAGGAUCUCUGAGAAAGACAACAUCAAACUGAGAAAACCCAUCGUGGAGAAAAUGCGCAGAGACCGCAUCAACACCUGCAUCGAGCAGCUCAAAAUCAUCCUGGAGAAGGAGUUCCACAAGCAGGAGCCCAACUCCAAGCUGGAGAAAGCCGACAUCCUGGAGAUGACCGUGAGCUUCCUGAGGCAGCAGCUUCGGUCGGGCCUCUGCCAGAGCGACUUCAACCAAGGCUACUCUCACUGCUGGAGGGACUCCAUGCACUUCCUCUCCGCAGAGCCCUCCGUCGUCAUCCCUCUGCAGGACCAGAAGCUCCACCAGGCCCGGAGAGCCGGCAGCUCCUCCCCGGUCUGCUCCACGUUCAGAUCCACCUCACUGCAGGACAGCACCGGCACCAGCACCGGCAGCAGCAGCAGCAGCGGCAGCGGCAGCAGAGGCCCGGUGUGGAGGCCUUGGUAGAGACUCUACCACAGAGACGCUCUGAGACCUGAGGUUGACCUGCGUGCUCCCUCACUAUGUAGGAAAUUUGUUUCCAUCCUGCCCGUUCACGGCGGGUUUUCUUUAUUGUCUCAUCACAUUGAUGGACAAGUAAAAGCGAAAGGCUCUCACUUAUUUGAAGAUUGUCCUGCUUUGAUCUAUAUUUUUUUUAUUUUUUUUUUCCUUUUGCGUUGAAAGCUGGAGGUGGAUUUUGAGUGACGAUACCGUAGUUUUGUCUAAUCUGGUGAAGUGAUUGUUUACUCCAGUGGAGUUUAUCGUUGGCCUGCUUGACGUAACAGUGUAUGUACAGUACCUGCCAUACUGUGUUUGAGAAUAUUUCUCUCCUGUCUUGAAUUAUCUAUGCCAAAUGUUAUGUAUGAGGAUCGUUUGUUGCGUUUAUAUAUGUGUGUGCGAGAGAGAAUGUGUGUGUGUGUAUAUACAUAUUAACAUUUUGUGAUGGGGUGUUGAUAUUACUGUUUUGCUAUCACAUGUAGGCUCUUAAAAGUAAUUUGUUUGUAUGACAAUUGAAAAUAAAACGACACAAUCAUUAAAAAAAAAAGCGUC